AUGGAUCCGGAAGCAGAGCACUUGCUAGAGAUUGAAGCCGCAAACAAGAUGCAUUGCAAUUUUCUCACAAUGUUAGGUUUUGAUGGCGAACGUUUGCUUCUCAAAGUGCAACGCAGAAAAGCAGAACGCUACAACAUCACCAAGGCCAACACCCGUGAACGGCAGGAUGCUAUUGCCAAAGCAACCACAUCCGGUCAGCUCUUCUACAAUACUCAAGGGCAACACUUCACAUCCAAUGACUUCUUCCGAGCUCAAGCAUUGAAGCAAAAGAAAGAAGACAUUGACAAGCUAGAGAAAAAGAAGAAGAUUGCACUUGCGAAAUUGGCAAUCAAAGAGCAGCGCGAUUCUAUUAUCGAAGAAAAGGGCGAGCCUACAGAGGCAACAAUCAAUGCGUUCAACGCAAAGGAAAUGGGGAUUCUCUAUAAAUACAAGAAGGGAAGCAAUCCGAAAGGUAAGAAAGCAGAGGUCUUGUUGGCGUAUCUAGCCGCACCAGCUCCAGAGGAAAUCGAUGUGUGGUCUGCUGAAGAAGAGGCCGAGCUCGAACGUUUGAAAACAGAGGAGAUCCCCAUGGCCGACACUCAAGUAGCGGUGGCAGCAACACAACAAGCAAACGCGGUGGAAAACAACCUUGAGUUGCUAUCAGAGGACCAGCGACGCAGUCUCUUGGGAGCUAUCCAACGAUCAUUUGAUGUGGCAGAACUCGAUUCUGAUUCAGAGCUUGAGGAUGUCGGUCAACAAGCACCAGUUUGAAUAGCAAUAAUAGUAUCAGUCUACGAUUGAAUGACGUC